AUGGGUGCAUUGAGCCAACUUCGGCUCCUGCUGUGGAAAAACUGGUUACAGCAGCUCAGGUCUCCGUGGUUCGCAUUAUUUGAACUCGUUGUACCACUCAUUCUCAUUGGAGCAAGUUUCGGAUUGUUGAUUGGGGUGAGUCUAGAAUUUUUGUUUUGGUCCUUCUCCGACCAAUUCGAGACCACCUACGAUGAACGGCGUUACGCGGCAUGGCCAGUAUCAGGAAGUGCCUAUGAUCUCAUCAUGCCUACCAACCCCAACGAUUCCAUCAAAUCCGCAAUCGUAGAGCCGUAUUUCCUUUUCAAUUCCCAACUGACUUGCCAGUUUUUGAACACCUACUCGACAGGUGCCAAUAGUUAUCGAAUGGACAUAAUUCUCGCGUAUGCUCCAAUGAGUGCGGCUACCACCGAUAAGAUCAUGUCAAUCAUUCAAUCUCGUUACUCAUUAACAGACUUGCUCAGCCCCGUAGCUCCAUUCAUUCACAAUUUGUACAAUAUCACAACAAUACCGACUUUGAACACUAAUAUGUCUCUCAAAGGAUUCAACACUGAAGGAGAUAUGGUGUCAUGGAUGCAAGGACAGUUUCAGAGCGAAUGUGACAAUCCUUUAUUGGCUGGAAUUGUAUUUGAUGACUCGAUCACUAAAGAUCUGUUUAAUGACAACAAGCGAGAUUUCACAUAUAAAAUUCGUCUUUCAAAUACCCACAGGAGAUCUAGAAAUGCCUUCGGCGACGACAGUUAUCCAUGGGACACCUCCGUUUCUUUUGCCAUCCAAUACGUCAGUGGACCCAUCAACCCAGACGACAACGAUGGGGGAUCUCCUGGCUACUGGCAAGAAGGAUUCAUGACCGUCCAGCGAGCUGUCGACGUGGCAAUCACUGAGCUUAUCACUGGAUCCGGACCUCCAAUCUCUCCACUUCUCGAUUCUUAUCAAGUCUCGAGAUUCCCUUUCCCAGGAUACUCCACGAAAAUCAUUGAAGUCGGGGCUUAUUUCAUGCCAGUCAUUGUGAUUUUCUCUUUCAUGACUAGCGUGAUUUACAUCGUUCGUGCCGUGGUGGUGGAGAAGGAGGAUCGGCUGAAAGAGUAUAUGAGAGUCAUGGGAUUAUCUCAAUUUAUCAAUUGGAUUGCUCAUUUCCUGAUCAACUAUGCUAAACUGACAUUUGCAGUGAUAAUUCUGACGAUUCUUCUGCAUUUUGUAGCUUUGAAAUCCGACAUGACCUUAAUGUUCGUAUUUCUGAUGGUCUAUGCGUUUGACGUGGUCUAUUUCGCAUUUUUGAUCUCCUCAUUCAUGAACUCUGCCACUUCCGCCACCUUGAUCUCCGUGGUUUUCUGGAUGCUCCUCUACUUCUGGUACGCAUUCUUCUCUUCUAUCGACCAAACCAACCCAUACGCUCUGGGAGUUCGUCUCAUCAAUUGCUUGAAUCCGGACAUUGCUUUGAAUUAUGGUCUUCAACUUUUGGCGGCAUAUGAGACCCAAGCUGCCGGUCUGAAGUGGAACGAGAUGUUCAAUCCACCAAGUCCAGAUAAUAAUUUAACAUUUGGUCAUGCUCUGGCAGCAUUAGUUAUUGAUGGAAUCAUCCUGGUUAUCCUCACUUGGUACAUUGAAGCAGUGGUCCCAGGAGGAGAUGGUGUCCCGCAGAAACCUUGGUUCUUCAUCCUGCCUUCCUAUUGGUUCCCAUAUAGUGGCUCAAAAACAGUAAACUCUUCUGAUCAGUACGAACACGUUGAGUAUGCCUCGCAUGUCAAGCUGGAACAAGAACCAACAGAUUUGACUCCGACUAUCAAUGUGGUCAAUCUCACCAAAACCUAUGGUACUUCUUUUUUCAAAAAACUAUUCGACUGUAAAUUUGGAAAAGCUGGAGAAAAAAGAGCAGUGAGCAAAUUGAAUCUUAAAAUGUAUCCCGGUCAGUGUACGGUUCUUCUUGGACACAACGGAGCUGGAAAGUCUACGACGUUCAGUAUGCUUACUGGAGUAGCUUCACCAAGUUCUGGAUCAGCUUAUAUCAACAACUAUGACAUUCGGUCAUCACUUCCAAAAAUCCGAAGGGAAACUGGAUUGUGUCCUCAGUACAACACUCUAUUCGGUUUUAUGACUGUGAUGGAGCAUUUGGAAUUUUUCGCAAAGUUGAAGGAAAGGAAAUGGGAUCCCGAGGAGGCUCGAGAGAUUUUGGCCCGACUCAGAAUUGACUUCAAGGCUGACUUCAUGGCCGGAGCACUUUCUGGAGGACAAAAACGUAAGCUUUCGUUGGCUAUUGCAUUGAUCGGUGGAUCAGAAGUGGUGAUGUUGGAUGAGCCAACUUCUGGAAUGGAUCCAGGAGCAAGACAUGAGACAUGGACAUUGAUUCAGAGGGAGAAGGAAAGAAGAACAAUUCUGCUAACUACACAUUUCAUGGAAGAGGCUGAUUUGUUAGGUGAUCGCAUUGCCAUCAUGGCUCACGGACAACUCGAAUGCUGUGGAUCGCCCAUGUACCUCAAGCAACAAUACGGUGAUGGAUACCAUCUCACAGUGGUCUACUCCUCCACAGAAACACCAGACGUACCAAAAACUACUGAAAUCAUUCGGGAGUACAUCCUAGAAGCCAACGUCUUCUCCUACAUCGGUCAAGAAGCCACGUACCUUCUGAAUGCCAAGCAUCGUCCGAUCUUCCCGAAGCUAUUUAGAGAACUUGAGAACCAUCAGAGACAAUGUGGAAUCACCAGUUUUGGAGUCUCCAUCACUACCAUGGAGGAGGUAUUCCUUAAAGUGGGACACCUGGCAGAAGAGAGAUAUAACUAUGAGCAUGGAAUUGAAGAUGAGAGUAGUGAGCUGAUUGAGAAGGAUGAUCCAAUGUUACAAAAUCUGAAAGCGCCAGUUCGUCUAACCGGAUUCGCUCUCCAGAUGCAGCAUGCUAAGGCAAUGUUCUUCAAGCGUGGAAUCUUCUUCUUCCGAAAAUGGACCCAAUUCUUGCCUCAAUUAGCGUUCCCUGUUGCCUAUCUCAUGUUGAUGGUUUUCACAUCGCAAGUCAUCCCAUCUGUCAAGGAACAAGAUCCUCAAACAAUUUCCUUGGCUCCAUUUUCGACGAAAGACAAACCAGGACACGUGGUUAGUGACUCUGGGAACUACGUUACUAUGAAUGGAGCGAGCACCAAGUUGAGCAACAUGGUCCAGAAUACUGUAGCAGCUCUUGGUGUCAAUCAAACCGUUGUUGAUAUUAGUUCAAGUGUGGAGAGCUUCAUUAUGAAUCAGACAAACGCGUUGGGAUCUCGAAAUUUUGGAUUGAAGUAUGCCCUUGGAUUUGUGCCAUCGAGUAUUGGCAUUCCAGGAUUACCAAUUCCAGACUUGAAGACUAUCAGAACAUAUUUUAACAACUUUGGCUUAUUCACUCCGGCUCUUGCAAUCACAUUCACCGAUUCUAUGCUACUGUCACAAGCUAAAAAUAAGCAGUAUACCUUCACGGCCAUCAAUCAUCCACUGCCACCAUCCACUCAGGACACCUUGAAAAAUACCAAUAGAAGUGAUGGAGCUGCUUUCCUGAUUGCCUAUGGACUAAUUGUCGCCUUCGCUGUUUGUGUCGCCGGCUACUCUCAAUUCCUCAUCACCGAACGUAAAAAGAAAUCCAAGCACAUGCAACUGCUCUCCGGAAUCCGUCCAUGGAUGUUCUGGUUCACCGCAUUCAUCUGGGACGCCGUAUGGUUCGUCAUCAGAAUCAUUUGCUUUGACGCCAUCUUCUACAUGUUCGACAUCACCGCAUAUACCCAUGACUUUGGAAUCAUUCUCAUUCUAACGUUAUCCUUCUUGCUCUAUGGUUGGACAGCAAUUCCAUUCACUUAUUGGUUCCAAUUUUUCUUCGAAUCUGCACCCAAAGGAUUUAUGAUGGUCACCAUGUAUCAUAUUUUGACUGGAAUGAUAGGAUCGAUUGCUGUUCCAAUUAUCCAACAAACAUCGAGUAUGGAUGCUGGAUACCUCUGGUCGAUUAUCUUUGCCUGGUUCUUCCCAACCUACAAUAUCUCCCAAAUUGCCACCGUAACCUUUCAAAAUGAGAAUGUGCGAAUGGCAUGCCAGAAGUUGGAUUGCAACGUACCAAUGUUCAAGUCUGUUGUAGCCUGCUGCGGUACGGCAUCUCAGAAACUCUAUGUUGAUAACGUGCUCUUUGUCGGGAAUCGAAAAGGAAUUUUGGUUUAUGUAAUCUUCCUAGCUGUUCAAGGAUUCAUCUACUGGAUUAUGGUGUUCAUGAGAGAAAACGAUCAGUUUGGAAAAAUCUUCAAUUUGAUUAAAUGCUGGAAAAAGAAGGAUGACCACAUCUGGGACAUCACAGAAGGAGACAAAGAGGAACAACGAGACGUGGAGGACUCUGAUGUGAUUGCCGAGAAAUCAGUGGUACAACGACUGGCAAACAGUAAUGAGACAGCACUGGUCAGUAACAAUUUGGUCAAGUGGUACGGUAAUUUCAACGCAGUCAAGGGAGUCAAUUUCCACGUCAACUCGAAGGAUUGCUUCGGAUUGUUAGGAGUCAAUGGUGCUGGAAAAACUUCCACUUUCCAAAUGCUGACAGGAGAGAAUUCGAUCAGUUCGGGAGAUGCUUUUGUGAAUGGGUGGAGUGUGAAAAAUAACUGGAGAGAAGCAGGAGCGAAUGUUGGAUACUGUCCACAAUACGAUGCAAUCAUCAAGGAGAUGUCAGGAGAGGAAACGCUUUACAUGUUCGCUAGAAUUCGUGGAAUUCCAGAGAAGGAGAUUCCGGUCAAGGUGCAAGCCGUGAUCCACGCGAUUGGAAUCGGGAUGUAUGCCAAACGUCAAAUCAAGACCUACUCAGGCGGAAACAAGCGUCGUCUAUCUCUGGGAAUCGCAAUCGUUGGUCUUCCAGACGUUCUUCUACUCGACGAGCCAACUUCUGGAGUAGACCCGAAAGCUCGUAGAAUCAUCUGGAACAUUCUCAACCGACUUCGAGAUCUUGGUACUGCCCUAGUUCUCACUUCCCACAGUAUGGAUGAGUGUGAAGCGUUGUGUACUGAACUGGCAAUUAUGGUUUAUGGAAAGUUCCGAUGCUAUGGAAGUUGUCAGCACAUUAAGAGCAGAUAUGGAAGUGGAUACACUUUGUUGAUCCGGUUGAAGAAUAGAGGGGACGCGGAGAAGACAAAGAGCACUAUCCAGCAAACAUUCCGAGGAUCCAAGCUCAAGGAGGAGCACAUUCUUCAGCACAAUUAUGAUAUUCCAAGAGAAGGAGAUUCGUGGUCGAGACUUUUUGAAAAACUGGAAACCCUUUCUACAUCUUUGAACUGGGAUGACUAUUCGCUGUCCCAGACUACACUGGAGCAAGUUUUCAUCGAAUUCAGUCGAGAUGCCGGACAGCUUGAUGUGGAUCCAUAUGGUGAUGUUCCAAGUUUGACAGGAUCUGGUAAUAAACAGAAUGGAUAUGCCAAUCGUGCCAUGUCAGUGGAGAGUAUUACUGAAAUGGGCACAUACUUCUAG